CCUAUAAUGCAAGACUUCAGAGAGUUUACGGAAUCCAUCGAGAAUGUCUUCAGUUGCAAUAUUUGACUUGGAGCAGAAAAUCUAAGCUCUAGAGCUGAAAAAUUAUCUUUGUCCUUGAGGUUGGCUGGACGCCUAUAAGACAACGCCAAAACCUCCUUCACCAAGCAAGCUUAUGUUUGUCGUUUAAGUUGCUGGUAGCCUUCUUGAUAUCCCUUUAGUAUCUUGGGGUCUGAAGGUGAAGAUUAGAUCAGUCAACGAGAAGUUGUUUUUCGUUGGCCGAGUUUCAGAAGGGUUGUUCUUUAUAGUUGAGAUAAAUUAAGGUGGCUUUUCUUCAGAAGAAAAAAUAUUAAUGGCGGAGACUGAAACUAGAAGCAUACCAACGAUCGAUCUAGAAGAUUUUCCAGCGGAAUAUAAGAAACUGAGAGAAGCAAGCGAGGAAUGGGGAUGUUUCAGGAUCGUUAACCAUAAGAUUCCGUUGACGCUGUCAUCGGAGAUGAAGAAAGUGGUUAAAUGUCUUUUGGAGCUUCCUGUAGAAAUUAAACAGCGCAACACGGAUGUGAUAGCUGGCAGCGGCUAUGUGCCACUCACCCAAGUCAAUCCUCUCUACGAGGCGGUGGGUCUUUAUGAUGUGGCCUCAUCUGAAGCUGUCGAUACCUUCUGUUCUCAGUUAGAUGCUUCUCCUCACCAAAGAGAGAUAAUAAAGAUGUAUGCCCAAGCAAUACAUGAACUGGCUGUGGAUAUAGCAGAAAAGUUGGCUGAAAGUAUGGGGUUGAUUGGUAAAACGUUUCAGGGUUGGCCUUGCCAAUUUAGAAUAAAUAAGUAUCACUUCUCUCCCCAAACUUUAGGCUCCUCUGGUGUACAAAUACAUACAGAUUCAAGUUUCCUCACCAUACUUCAAGAUGAUGAAAAUGUGGGUGGCCUUGAAGUGAUAGACAAAUCUGGUGCAUUCAUAGCAGUUGAACCCUCGCCAGGCACCCUUCUUGUCAACCUUGGAGACAUUGCUACGGCAUGGAGUAAUGGGAGGUUCUAUAACGUGAAGCACAGAGUAGUAUGCAAAGAAGCAACAAUUCGUGUAUCAAUUGCUACAUUCCUGUUGGGACCAAUGGAGGGAAAAUUGGAAGCCCCAGCAGAGCUUGUGGACUCUGAGCACCCACGGCUUUAUUUACCAAUUAUUUAUGAAGAUUAUAGGAAGCUCCGGGUCUCUAAAAAUCUUCAUCUUGGUGAAGCUCUUGCUCCUUUACGUUCCCAAUCCUGAAUUAACAGCCAAAAUAUAUUGCAAGCUUUUGAAAAUCAUUGUCUUAAAGAGAACUCUUGAGAUAAACGAGCUGUGUUGGUGUUAAUAAUUAGACUAUGUUUCUGCAUUAUUAUUUUAUUUGAUAACUAAAGGAUUCAAGUGCCAAUCAAAAAAAUUAAAAUAACUUAACAUGAGCUAGAGCUUUUCAUUUGUAUUUUCUUUUAUUUUAUUGAAGAACAUGUAGUUUACUUGUGCUUUGUCGAGGCAAGUUGAUUUUCAAUGAUAAGAUCUAGUUGUCUUGGGAUU